GAGGUGCAGUAAGUCAUGGCAGAAGCAGGCGAACAGUCUUGUGUAUUUUGCAAAAUUGCCAACGGGAAGGAUGAGAACGCUGAGUUGCUCUUUCAGGAUGAAGCAUAUGCAGUUUUUAGAGACCAUAAACCUGCAGCAUCAACCCAUCUACUCGUUGUACCAAAAGCUCAUAUAUCAGAUGCCAAAAGUCUAAAAAAACAAGAUUUGGAGUUAGUUACCACAAUGGUGAAGAUUGGUGAGCAGGUGUUACAGGAACAUGGUGGAGAGGUAACCAAAGCAAGAUUCGGUUUCCACUGGCCACCGUUUUGCUUGAUCUACCACUUGCACCUACAUGUUAUACAUCCAGUGUCAGAAGCAGGCUUCAUAUCCAGACAGAUCUUUAAACCCAAUUCUCUAUGGUUUGUAACUCCUGACUGGUUGAUGGAUAGGUUGAAUAAGAUGCCAAGCUGACACAUUGACCUGUACAGAGUAGAGACAA